CAAAAAUCUGAGGAAGAAAAUUCCUCAUUGGGAUCAAGUGCCAAAGGAAUCGAUCCUUCGACGAUAGAAAGAACCCUCGCGCUAUGAACGAGGAAAUAAAAUCAUCGGAUUAGGAACACAGAAUAGAACACAACACAACACAACACAACACAAUUCAUUACAAGAAAAGACAAGACAAAACAACACAGCACAACGCAGCGCGAAAAAAAUAACCAAAAAGUCCUCGUUCCAUCAAUUCGAUUACAACAAUGGUCGCACCCACCGCAUCAAUCGAGAGGGGCAGUCAUAGAGGCGCGUUUGGCCGAAGCGUUGGGGUAGAUAUUCCCACGCCGAGCCGAAGCAAAAUCAUGAUGCGGUUCCUCGAAAGGGAGAACCAGAUCAACCGCAACUACAAAACCUUGCUCGACGACGAGGACUUUGAGCUUGGCUCCGGCGCCUCUGAGAAUGACAGCGGCUCCGAUUCAUUCCACUCCACCUUUGACGAGGACGACAUUUAUGACACCUUCGACGAGGACGAUGACCUAUUCGAUUUCAACGACGACGACGACCAAAUCUACGCCUUUGGACAAAGCACCUUUGAUGAAGAGGGCUUCUACGACGAUGGUAGCGGCAGCGACUUCUCUUCCACGAUGGACUGCGAGGGUGAUGCCUCAAAGCCGAUCGAAUCCAACGACGAAGAUCAAGAUCGAGAACAAGACCCCAAGCCCGAGCCCAAAACUGGUCAUGGACAAAGUCAAGAAGAAGAGGACACCCACGUAGGCGAAUCAGAGACAUUAUCAGCGCUCACAGGACCCUCCCACACUUCAGUCCGCCGCAAGAAAAGAAAGAGAAAAUCUCGAAGAAGGAAACCCAAGAUCGACUUCAUCUACCGAACCGGUGCCCUUGUGGAUCGAAUGUAUAAAAAGCUGAUGACUCAAUCCAGAACGGAUUCUCUCUCUUUGAGACGCAGAUCGUCUCGAAGGAAAAACAGGAAACCAAAGCAGCGUGAGCCCGACAACACAAAKGCAGACAAAUCGCCGACGUUGUCGACAUUGUCGCUUUUCAAGUGUUUUCCAGACGACUUCGAGGACGCACCGGUGAAACCGCUCGUGGUGUCCAAGAAUCUUGACGAUCCAUACGAACAAGGACUACAGCAUCGGGAAGGAAGCGGGACCACCGGUACCAGAGAUAGCAACACCGUCAGCCUCGCAGAUUCCUUUUCGACCGAAGGAAGCCACCCACAUGAAAAAAACGGAACAAAUAAAGUGAUCGUGGUUACCGAAGACGCUUCCACCAGGGACCCACAAGCAGAAACUACUCACGAGAAACCAUCAACUAUCGAAGACGCAUCCACGAAUGGAAACGAAGCGAAGGAGGAAGCGAACGACGCAACGAACAACAGCGAGCAUAUUCAUUCAAAGCCAGGUCGAUCGCACCACGAAUCCUCGUCCAUCUUCGAAAACUGCCUGUGCACCGAAGACUUCAUCGACAUCCUGCCGCUGGCCGCAACGAACAGUUUCGAUGUCCUUUCUUGGAAGAAAGGCACCAAUUCGGAAAUUGUGAAAACCUCUUCUGAAGAAGUUGCAAACAAUGCUCCCCAGGAGGUCCAGAAUGAUGGGGAGGUGUCGGAGGAGGCACAGGAUCAGAAAAACACAACCGUCGUUCACGAACAGUCUGUACCACCUAGCUCCCCCCCGCCACACAGCACCAAAGAAGAAGUUCCGGAAAGUGUCGACAAGAAGCUGCUCUCAAAGUGGUGGAAGCCCUGUACCACCAAUGUAUCGAGAUGCCAUGGUUGCGGCGAAGCGGCUGCUCCCGCGGCAUACGCUUUGUCCAGAGUCGGCAAGCUGGUGGCGGCUGCAAACUGUGGUACCGUGAGUGUAAAGGUAGACGAAAAUGUUGCCGAAUCCGACGUCGGUACAGCUCUCCUGCAAGCAGAGGCAAAAAGGAUUUCAAACAACGCAAUGACUAUCAAAACCCCGAUCCAAAAAAUGCUGUCCCUGAAAAAGGAGAACACCACCAUUCCUGAUGUUAACAAGGAACAAGAACAUUUCGACGUUCAAAAGACCAAGCUUUCUUUCCCGCGUGAUGGGGACGACAACGACAGCGUUUUCCAGAUUCGAAUCCUGGUUGAGGAGACCGAGAACAAGGACAAGAACACGGAGAAUGGUGGAGUUCCUGAUACUCUGAAUCAGGAUACAAGCAAUAAUACUGUGGACCGUGCUUACUCCCUAGAAAAGUCCAUCCCGUGCGCCGACGUCCGUGAUUCCGUGCUAAAACAAGACGACCGAUUGCAAGAAGAAGUUCCUGCUCCCAUUGUCGAAUCGAUUGCCAACGCAGAGGAGUUGUUGGCCAAAUCCACCUACGGGCCUCCUUCGUGCGAGGCCACGAUCUCUGAGACAGCAUGUGCGGGUGGCGAGACCGCAGCCGUGAGCGAGUCGCAACACCACAAGGACAAAACCGCACCUGGUGACCUCGACGAAGAAAGACCAACCACGGCAGAGCAAGGAAUCGAACGAACCAAAGAAGACCUGUCUGUAGUGCUCGGCUCGAAAGAGCGCGAGCGUGCCACCGCUGGAAAGAACAGCCGUCGGCCGUCGCUGAUCGGAUUGAUGACGAAGAACCCAAGCCAAACCAAGGCAAAGACACCACGGAGGUCUCUGCUGCGGAGAAGACGAAGCAAGGAAUCCAGAAAGAAGAACCCGAAUGCUGCAGCUCUCCAGCGCAUCGAACCGUCUCCAACGGGAUUCGAAAUCGAGUUCUCAACCCCACCAAGCGACCAGAAAGGCAACACGAGCAACAGAGUCAAGAGGACAAGGAGCCAGCAGCGCAUCGUUGCCGCCCAGAGGCGCCACAAGGGCAUCAAACACGCCGUGUUGGUCCUCAACAACAAAACAGGUGCGGCGGUUCUGUCCCCCACGGGUGGAAUCGCCCCGGAGCGACAACGCACGUACGAAGAUCCGUUGAUCUUCGAAGCGUCCAGGGAUCCGGACGGCCCGGCCAUCGACGCCGACGAGCCCGCCACGCCUCCCCUCCCUCCCGUGGUUCCAGAACGUGCGAGGACGCUCGAGGACCGGUCGAUCGUCGAGCUCCAGCGGGAUCCGAGCUCGGGAUCCGCCGAGCACCGAACCAUCGAUGCCGACGAGCAUCUCCGGGAAGAGGCGACCCCGGAACCCGAACCAACCCCCCUGCUCAGGGUGGAAACGGUGGUCCGGAAACCACGCACGGCGAUUGAAGCAGCGACGAUGCCAGCGUCACCGGAAUCGGGAAAACACAGCAAGAAGACGCAGAAGAAGAACAGCAAGAGCGAACGGCAGCAAUCAAGAAAUAGCCGAUGGUACAAAAGACUGAAACCCCCAUCCAGGAACAAGAAACUACCAAUUACCCUAGUCGAAGACGAGGGCUGCGAGGUAUUCUAUGCAAAGAAGGAUCGCGCCAUCUUUUAGGAGCUGUAAAUUUGAAUGUAACCUAGAUGCCACAUUAUAAACUCUGACGAUAGAA